ACCGGUGCGCGCUUGAGAACGUAUAGUGGGGAGAAGAGAUCAGGUGCGGAUAAAAUAAAUGUCGGCGGUUUUGUAAUGCGAGGCAAAUAAAAGUGCAAAAGUUGGCGAAAAAUUAGAACACGUUGGCAAAAUUUGUUGUCAUUGAAUCACGACUGCGGUAAAUACGAGUGCCUAAAUACCAAUGCCAGUGAAGUGUGCAAUUUACUCAAAAUAGAAGAAUACUAGAAACCUAACAAGUAAACAACGAUCGAAGCACCACCUGCGAUUGCAAUAACAACAGCAACAACAAUAAGAAAUCGCAAAGAACAGCUACAAACACAAAGCCGUUGGUUGACGUUGAUACGGAAGACAGCACCAGCAGCAACAACAACAACAACAACAACUGCAAGCCAACACAAACAUAAUGGACGCCGAAGCUGAUGGUCUGCCGCCGGCCCCGCCCCAAGCCAGUGGAAUGGAUUUGGCAGCGCGCCGUCGUCUCUUCAUCUCACAGCCCUCGACAUUGGCAACGAGACGCCAACAGGCGGUUUGUGUGCGUCGUGCUCACAAGAUGUAUGGCGGCGGCAAGAAUCCCAAUAUUGUCCUAGAUGGCCUGAACAUGACAGUGCCCAAAGGAGCCAUCUAUGGUCUCCUGGGUGCCUCUGGCUGUGGCAAGACCACGCUGCUCUCUUGCAUCGUCGGUCGUCGGCGUCUCAAUUCGGGCGAAAUUUGGGUGCUGGGUGGUCGACCGGGCUCGCGCGGAUCCGGUGUGCCUGGUCCGCGAAUUGGCUAUAUGCCACAGGAAGUGGCGCUGUAUGGCGAGUUUACAAUGCGCGAGACUUUAAUCUACUUCGGCCUGAUUGCCCACAUGUCCCGCAGCGACAUUGAGGAUCGGACCGAAUUCCUGUUGAAAUUGCUCAAUAUGCCAAAUGGUUCGAAAUUCGUCAAGAACCUCAGUGGUGGCCAGCAGCGACGCAUGAGCUUGGCUGUCGCACUGCUCCAUGAGCCGGAGCUUCUGAUACUUGAUGAGCCAACUGUGGGCGUGGAUCCGGUACUGCGACAAAGCAUUUGGGAUCAUUUGGUCAAAAUUACGAAUGACAGUCACACAACUGUGAUAAUCACCACGCAUUACAUAGAGGAAUGUGCACAGGCCCAUGUGAUUGGUUUGCUGCGUGGCGGCAAAAUGCUUGCCGAGGAAUCUCCGCACUUUUUGCGUCAGCAAUACAAUGCAGACUCCCUCGAGGAUGUAUUCCUGAAACUUUCCGUUAUGCAAAAUAUGGGCAAAAGGCGUCGCAGUUCGAUUGCCCAAGAGAUUGUUGAGCAAGUCACUGUGCCGGCCAUUUCAAACCCUGCUCUGGACAUCUCCGACGAACAGCACGCUGCCGAGAUCUCAGGUGAAUUUGGUGAUAACAUCUCUAUGUCUUCGGCUGCCCGUGAUCCGAUAACCACCACCGCACCCGCAGCACCACCGUUGCCACCAGCAGACGAAACACCCACAUCGUUCUGGUAUAACUUGCAAGUCAUGCAGAAGCAUCAUUUGCACGCGCUCAUCUGGAAAAACUUUCUAUGGAUGAUGCGAAAUGUGGGCAUCAUGUUGUUCAUAGUUGGUCUGCCUGUGGUACAAAUAUUGCUUUUCUGCUAUGCAAUCGGUCAUGACCCAACCGGCCUAAAAAUUGCCGUGUCCAAUCACGAGAUGUCCAAGGAAAUGGUCGAGGAACAGUUCUGUCCAGUGGCCAGAGGAUGUCAUCAGAGCAUGCUGAGCUGUCGUUAUAUCGAUAUGCUGGUCAGGAACAAGAGUAUGGUUGUGAACUAUAUGGCGGAUGAUGAGGCGGCCUAUGACGAAGUGCGACGUGGCCGCGCUUGGGCUGCUCUGGUCUUCCAACCCAACUACACCUCAGCUCUGGUAGAGCGCACUGAAAUGGGUCGAUAUGCAGAAAACGACACUAUCGAAGAGUCCGAUUUGGGCAUCAGAAUGGACUGGACAAAUCAACAAAUUUCCACUCUUAUGUACCGCGACUUACAAUACACAUUCCUGGACUUCGUGCAGGUUAUUCUGGCGGAGUGCGAUGUGAAUCCGAAAAUAGGAACAGUGCCCACCGACUUUAAAGAGCCCAUCUAUGGUUAUCGCAAUCCCAAUUUCACAGACUUUGCGGCACCGGGCGUUAUCUUGACCAUCAUAUUCUUCUUGUCGGUGGCCAUUACAUCUGGCGCCAUGUUGAUUGAGAGAAAUGAGGGCAUGUUGGAGCGUUGUCUGGUCGCUGGCAUUACGGGUACCGAGAUCCUGCUUUCCCAAGUUGUUACACAGUUCACCGUGAUGUUCAGCCAAACGUCCUUUGUCCUCAUUGUGAGCUUCUACUUCUUUGAGCUGACACUCGUGGGCAACGUGUGGCUUGUGGUCGCACUCUGCAUACUCAAUGGGUUGUGCGGCAUGUGUUUUGGUUUCGUGAUCUCGUGCGCUGUGGAUACGGAGCGCACAGCCACUUAUGUGGCCAUGGGCUCAUUUCUGCCAAUUGUCAUGCUUUGUGGCAUUAUCUGGCCCAUUGAGGGCAUGUAUCCAUUGUUGCAGUCUAUCACAUUGUUCUUGCCGCUGACCAAGCCAACGGAAUCAUUGCGCUCUAUUCUGCAACGCGGCUGGGACAUGAGUUAUCCUACGGUCUAUUAUGGUUUCAUUUCCAUUUCAGCGUGGGUUGUUGUCUUCCUCGUACUCACCAUUUUGCUGAUCAAGUUCAAGAAGGGCUGAGCGCCAACUUGUCACCGUGGUCAUAAAUAUCGCUUAUGAUUUUAUUAGGUUCUAAGGGUAGUCCUUGUAGUCGUAGUAUUGAGUGUACAAUAUAUUAGACUAAGGUUCCGGAUGUCACAUAUUCAACGAAUUGUUGUGCCUUAUACUUAAGCUAAAAAUAUUGUGUUAUUUUAAAACAUUGAGUUGUCUACAAUCUAUCUACCACGUUAUCAUGCUCAUAUACUUAGUCAGCUAAUUAGCUUUCAUACAAAUUUUAUGUACUACACAACGAAAUGUACUAAUUACAUGAAUAAUGCAAGCAACUUCGUAUUAAUAAUAAUAUUUAUAACAUUAAGAAUAAAAUUCUGAAUAAAUUCGAAAGCCUACCAUGUAA